GCAAAACGCAAGCGCUACGUCCAGUGGAUUUCAACAGAAAAUGGAGAAGACUACCGAGAGUCUGACUCCAUGUUUACUUUGCGUUUGCAAGCCCGAGCGGUUGGCCGAAAAUUUACAGCAGUACGGAAAUACAUUCAGCCGUCCCCUGCUUCCUUGCCAGAGGCUGACAUCACGGAGGGGCAGUGGAGGUCCACGGCAGCACUGUGCUUCCCCUGGGCCUGGAGAGGGAGAGCCAGGAACCGCCCCCACACCAACCCCCUUCCUUUCCCACAGUCAACAGGAAGACCCAGGACCCAGACAGGGAGAAGGGGCAGAGACCGAGACGGAGAAGGAGACGGCCGGGGGAACAAAAAAGGGAGCUAGACAAGAAGAAAAAAGCAGGCAAGGAGAGGAAAACCACAGGAAGGAGGGAAUGAGAAAAGAAAGUGUCUAAAGAGAGAAAGAGGAGAGGAAAACAGUGGAGCAGAGCAGCAUCUCUUUAGUUUUAGUUUUAGUGUGGAAGAGGGGGAGCAAUCGGACGGCGUGACAAUGGCUGCCUGUUCUUCGAGGAGAUCUACCCAGCGCCUGAGCCGGGACCUGACCUGUUCCAUCUGCCUGGACCUCUUCAAACAGCCCGUCUCCCUCCCGUGUGACCACACCUUCUGCCAGGCCUGCAUCACCAGCUACUGGACCGGCCCAGCCUGCCAGGCUGGCUCGGCCUCCUGCCCCCAGUGCCGCACCGCGUUUCCCGGACAGAGCUUCCGGCCCAACCGGAUAGUGGCCAAUAUCGUGGAGAGCUACUGCCAGGCCCUGGAGGAGAGCGGGCAGCCGUGCCGGGCAGCCCCCCAGGCCCCGCCGCCCCCCCUCUGUCUGCGCCAUCGCGAGGAGCUCAAGCUCUACUGCGAGGAGGACCAGGAGCUGGUCUGCCUGGUGUGCGGGAUUUCCCAGGAGCACCGGAGCCACACGCUGGUCAGCAUCGAGGAUGCACAGCACCGAUUCACGGCGUCACUGAACAGCUCCAUGACGGCGCUACAGGCGGAGCUGAAGGCUGCUCUGCAGUGUGAGAGUGAGGCAGAGCAGGAGGUGACGAAGCUGAAGGAGCACACAGCGGACCUGAAGCACCGCAUUGAGGCGCAGUUCUCCGACCUGCACCAGUUCCUGUACCAGGAGGAGAAGCUGCUGCAAGUGAAGCUGAAGACGGAGGAGCGGCGGGAGCUGAUCCGGCUGGACGAGUACAAGGCCGUGCUGUCCGUGGAGAUCUCCCGUCUGCGGCGAGCCAUGGGCGACAUCGAGGACAAACUGCGCGAGCGGGACGCCAUCCUGCUGCUCCGGAACAUCAAGGCCCUGCUGCAGAGGCAGCCGCUGAAGUUUGAGCGGCCAGCCCACACCGUCCCCAGCCUGUGUGAAGGCCGGUUCGCUGGGCCUCUGCAGUACAGAGUGUGGAAGUCCCUGAAAGGGAUCAUCUACCCAGCUCCAGCCGCCAUCACCUUCAACGCCAGCACAUCCAACCCCUGGCUGAGCCUCUCCCCUUCCCUUACCUGUGUCAGGUACCAGACCUUCCAUAACCCGGUGCAGGACAACCCCCAGAGGUUCAACGCUGCCCUCUCCCUGCUGGGCAGCCAGGGCUUCACCUAUGGCCAGCACUACUGGGAGAUUGAGGUGUACAGCAGCACCGUUUGGACUCUGGGCGUGGCCCGCGAGUCCGUGGCCAGGAAGGGGGUGAUCAAGGCCCUGCCGGCCAAUGGGUUCUGGACUCUGUCCCUGUCGUACGGGGUCCAGUACAUGGCGGGCACCUCCCCCCCCACUGUGCUGCCCCUGGAGGAGCGCCUGAGCCGGGUCGGGGUCUAUCUAGACUACAAGAGGGGGCUGGUGUCCUUCUACAAUGCAGAGAACAUGGCACACCUCUACACCUACCAGGAGAACUUCACAGAGACCCUCUACCCCUACUUCAACCUGGGCUUUCUGGACAAGGUACAUGAGAAUGAACCCCUCAAGGUGUUCCUUCCCAAAAUCUGACCGGGAUCUCAGCCACAGGCACACAGAGUACACCCCACAUCUGUCUCUAGGCUGGACCAGGACAGACUUAUAUACUUGUGGGGAGGACAGACUGACACAGUACCCUGUAGAGAGAUGCACAGGAAUUCUAGUCCCGCCCCCAGCAAGACUGAGCCAACCGUACCAUGGUUCAGAACACAUCAGGAUCUGUUCAUGUUUCAUCUCAUCUAUUUUUUUUGUGAACAUAUCGCAAUAAUUUUCAAAUAGCACAUAACAAUGAUUGUAAUAAGAAAUAAUCCAUGCUUGUGGUAAAUAUAUAGCAGUUGUGGUUGUGGUGUUAUAGCAGUUAAAGGUGAUAGCAUGAAGAAAUAUUUUGUACUUACCUCAUUUGAAAUAUCUACAUUUAUCACUAAACCAUGAGGUUGUUUUAAUAUAUACUGAUUUAAAAUAUAUACCUUAAAUAUGCCACUUUAAAGCUUAGCUACACCGACAUGUACUAAAAAUAUUCAAUAAAUACCAAAGGCCAUGAACGUUUCUGAUGCAUGUUGUGUGCUGCUGGGACACAUCCUCCAGCUUUUAUUUAUGGAAUUUGUUAGUCACCAUGGUUUCAGUGCCAAAAGACAGCCUGAAAAUAAUGACCACUGCACAUGCAGCACUAAGCCCAUGACACUGUGACAAUCAGUAAAGAUGGAAGUGCAGAUAUAAGUUAUAAAGGGGAGGAAAAGGAAUUACCUGCACUUCUCCCAAUUUGGAAUAACCAGCUGCAGGCCCAUCAUAUCACUGCCUACAUUCUCCAUUAAUAUGGGAAGUGCAGCACCUGUGUUAGACCACAUUCAAGCACAUUCUUUUCAUUUUAAACUAUUGUCUUUUAAAAUUUAGAUGAAGGCAAAGUCAAAUCAAGAAUAUGUACAGAAUAUCCUGUUCUUGUUAUAAUGUUAUACGUUAUAUGUUAUAAUGUUAUGAUGUUAUACGUUAUAUGUUAUAAUGUUAUAAUGUUAUAUGUUAUAUGUAAAAAUGUUAUAAUGUUAUAAUGAUAUACGUUAUAUUUUUUAAUGUUAUAAUGUUAUACAUUAUGAUUAAAUGGCCUUGACUGGCUGUUUUGUGGAGCACACUGCAUGACCAGCAGUUAAAGUAACCAGAUCUCCCUGGCUGAUGGAAAACUAUUGUAAGAUAUUGUGCACACAUUUAAUAUUUUGUGAAAAAUACAUUAUAUGCAUUUUUAUUUAGUGUAAACUACCACAUUUGUAUGAAGGUUUGUAUGAAUACAUAGGUUUUCAGAAGUAAUUGUGCAAUCUGACUGAAUAACGCAAUGACUUUUGUAACUGAUUUCAAGCGGAAGUGAUUAAAAUUUAUAUAUAUA